AUCACAAUCCCAUUGUGUUAUAAUAACAUCAUCAGCUUCGUGUUCUGCUCAGAGUCGUGGUUAUUAUUUUGCUCUGCAUUUCAUAGUUCCACUCUAAUUAGUUGUGCAGGUGUACUAUUCCCUUUUUCUACUCCGCUUCCUGUUGUAAUUUUGUUGUUUCCAAGAGGAGCGAGAGGUUCUUUACCAUUUAUUCAACUCCAACAUCACAUCUAUUUGGAACCACAUACAGAUUUAAAAAAUAGAACACUGUAUUGUGUUGGAUUUGGUAUCUUCAUCAUCAUUUCUUAAUAGUUCAUCAACACAAAACAAAUUUCUUUAUCUGUACUUCUAUUAAAAUUCAUUAAGAAAUGAGUCAGACAUUAGCAUCAACCAUCUAUCACAACAAUACCAUCGGUCUGCUUAACUAUACCGAUUCACAGACAUUGCUGACGGAAUUUGUUCGAUUCAGUGCUUUUAAAUUAUAUGGUAAUGUCUUUCAUUAUACCUACGUAGAUGAUCACUUCUAUUCGGUAGGCUUCAUUCUCGGCAUGAUAUCAUUGGGAAUUUUUAUCGUCUUUGUGUUACCUUGCCAAUUGGCUGUAAAUAUUCUGUAUGGAAUUCGGGCGCGAAAAAUAUUGAAAAAAAACAGAAACAACUCAUCGAUAGAGACUCCACCCUCAUCGGCUUCCUCUGGUGAUGCUAGUGUAAAUAAGGAAGAAAAGAAGAAUAAUACUGAUAAAUAUACCUUUAGAGAAACACUGAAGAAAGCAUGGUAUGAAUAUGUUUUACUUGAGGGUGUGGCGAGGGCUACUCCUUCCUUUGUGAUGGUCGUUUUUAUUUGCUUAGUGAUUUGGUUAACGAGUGCCUUUUCAAAGAUACAUUUUGCUGGAGCUGCAGUCUUGAUGGCAAUUACAAUGACAAUGUGGUUGAUUCAGUGGGUAUUGUUUGAUUUAGGAACAUUUACGUAUGAAGUACUGAGGAGUUUUUCAACAAGAUUUGGAAAGAGCAAAACAUCGGAAGUAACUAAGGAUCAAGAAUUGAAAAAUGUAGAUGUGACAACAUCAACCACAUCAACCAUGAAUAUUAAUCAGAGCACAACAGCAAUUGUUCCACCUUCGAAUGAUAGUUCAUCUCAUCAUCAUCACUCUGAACAUCGUUUCGGUGGAUUAGUUAAGGAUAUUUCAUUUGGAUAUGUUAAAUCUUUGGCCAAUCCUCUAUUUAGAAGACAUCCCUUAUUAGGUGUACUUAUAGUAUUCAUCUUCUUCUUUGUUACUUUUCUGAUAUUUUUGGUUGUCAAUGGUGUAACAGCAGACUUUUGUGUUGCCUACGAUCCGAUUGAAAUCAGUACACUGGCCACUAGAGCUGGUGAUUCUACUAGGUGUAAAUCGGGCACUAUCUGUUUUACUUACAUGACGAUUUCAGCAGAUAUUUCAUCGGAAAUGAUUGUCAAUUUUCAAAUAGAUGCAAAACAGCUCAACAGCUCUUUUGUUUAUUAUGGAACAUUUGACCCUAAUGCCGAGUUUCAAUUCGAUUCUAAGACAGCCUUAAAGGCUAAUGCAAAUUGCUUCAAAAUGACUGUCAUUGAAAUUGAUAGAUGGCAAUGUUAUGUUAAUUUGAGAGGAUUGCAGUCUUCAUCAUCCUACUAUGUCAAGAGUGCAUUUACAGGAAAAGAUUAUACUGCCACUAGUGUCACUUUUGAGGAUAGCAAUGUAUACAAGUUUAGAACAGCACCAAGUGCCUCUUCUCCUGAUAGAAUUGUUUCCUUCUUGAAUGGAGGUGAUUUAGCUUGGGGAACCAAUUUCUUGUCCUUAGUUAAACUGAUUCCUCCAACAGGAAAGAACAUUUCAACAGCUCCCUAUUUCUUUAUGGUGGGUGGCGAUGUUGCAUACGAUAAUGGAUGUGCCUACUGUUAUAUGAGAUGGGAGAGUUGGUUCUCAAAUUGGGCCAAAUAUAUGGUCGUUCCUCUUCAACACACCUCCUCAGUGUCACACACCUAUACUCUGCCUCUAGCCUCUUGCGUUGGUAAUCAUGAGGCUGGAAAUUUCAAAAGACCAAGAUCUGACGAUGCCUUCUAUAUCAGAUAUUUCCCUCAUGAAUUGGAGGGAGAUUCUUCUAAUUUGAUUGUUUCUGACCCUCAAUAUACCAGAAAGUUACAACACGUCCACUAUCUCUCUUCCCACACAUUGCUAAUGGUGUUGGACUCUUGGGUUCACGAAUCUCCAGAGCAACAAGUCUCAUACAUUGUCAAUUACUUCAAUGCUUUAGAUCCAUCAAAGUACAAGAACAGAAUGGUUACGAUUCACGAGGGAAUUUAUGCCUCCUCUUCUGAAUUGAGCCCAAUGACUGCAGCAAUGAGAGAACAAUGGGAGGCCCUCUUCUUGAAGUAUAACAUUACACUAGUCUUGGAGAAUCACGUUCACACCUACAAGCAAACCUAUCCUCUCAGAUUUGGUAAGGUGAUGGAUACUAAGGCUGAUCCUUUAAAUUCAAGAGCUGGAGCCGAUAAUGAUUAUUAUUAUGAAAGAAAUAUUUAUAAUGGAUUAGGAAAGGAAGAAGAAAAGGGAAUUAUCUAUGUUGGAGAUGGAAGCUUGGGUGCACAUUUUUAUGGUGACAAGCUCUUGUUUGGAGAUCCAAUGUUCAGACAAUUAGGAAUAAUAACUCAUUUCCACCAUAUCAUUACUCAUGAUACAAAUAGCGUUCCAACUAUUGAGUUGACAGCUUAUGGAUAUGAUUCAUCAACCGGAGACUCUUACAGAGUUAGUGGUUCUGGUUUGACAAUUAAAACUUUCUAAUAUUUUUACUUAACACCCAAUGAAUUUGAGGAAUUGCUCUAUUAAAUUGAUUUUUCAGAA